AUGACUCACGAGUCCGUUUGGUACAGCCGGCCCCGCAAGUUCGGCAAGGGUUCCCGUUCUUGCCGUGUCUGCUCCCACCGCGCCGGUCUGAUCCGCAAGUACGGGAUGAACAUCUGCCGUCAGUGCUUCCGUGAGAAGUCCUCUGACAUCGGUUUCCACAAGGUUGGUUUUUCACCAUCACCCACAUGCAUAUUUCCAGCACCAGUACCACAAAUCACACAUUAUAUCCGAAAUGGCAAUUGGCAUGGCGAGGAGCGAUAUCGAAAGAGAAGAAAGAGAAGGGGCUUUGCGACAAACGAAGAAUUGAAACAUCGGAAUGGAAUGAAACGAAAUGCCACUACGACAACGACAGCCAAAAACUACAAUCUACGCCACACACAAAACCAGACCAAGAAAAGAAUCCUAACUAACAUCCCAUUUCACCUCAAACAGUACCGUUAA